AUGCGCCUGCUCCGUCAACUCGACUUCCCGCUCCUCAUUGCGGCUUUGGCGAUCGUACUGAUCGGGAUCAUCGCGAUCUAUAGCGCUACGUACCACAACGACUCCACCGCGGUGCAGAACGCUUGGAGUAAGCAGGUCCUAUUCGCAGCCGUGGCCUUUGUCGUGGCCUUAGCCAUCGUUUAUAUCCCGGAAAAGGUCAUUUACAGCGUUGCGUAUCUGCUAUACCUGUUCGGCAUUGUGAGUCUAGUCGCGGUGUUGGCUUGGGGCACGGGCGACGCCACCCGCUGGUUGCGCUUAGGGCCGUUGAUGUUGCAGCCUUCGGAGUUGGCCAAGAUCGCGACCAUCAUCGCCUUAGCGCGCUACCUAAGCGACCGCAACCUAGAACGCAUCAAUUCCUUUGACGGCUUUUUCGGGGCCUUAUUUCUCAUAUUGGUGCCGACCGCCCUGAUUGUGCGCCAGCCCGACUUGGGGACCGCGGUUUCCUUUGGUGCACCGCUCUUUCCCAUGCUCUAUUGGGCAGGGAUGCGCAAGUUCUUUGUCUUUCUCGUCAUCUCGCCGCUCAUCAGCGUCAUCUGCUCUUUGCACUUCCUGCAUCCAUACCAGAAGGCUCGCAUUAUGACCUUCUUCAAUCCGGAGAGCGAUCCCCUCGGAUCCGGGUGGAAUAUCAUCCAGUCCAAGAUCGCCAUCGGCUCCGGCGGAUUGACGGGCAAAGGCCUUCUGGAAGGCACGCAGACCAAGCACGAGUUCCUGCCGGCGGCUCAUACUGAUUUCAUCUUCUCGGUCAUUGGGGAGGAGGGAGGGUUUGUUGUGGCCCUGAUCGUGCUGAGCUUGUUCUUUUUUCUCAUCUAUCGGGCGCUGCACAUCGCAUCUACGGCCAACAAUGUCUUUUACAGCCUGACGGCUGUCGGCUUGGCCGCGAUGCUGACCUUCCACGUGUUUAUCAAUAUCGGCAUGACCAUCGGUGUCAUGCCCAUCACCGGCCUGCCGCUGCCCUUUCUCAGCUCGGGAGGCUCCUCGCUGCUGUCUAACCUCCUCGCCAUCGGCUUGCUCCUCCACAUCGCCACCUACCGCCACGAGUUAUGA